GCAAAACACAGGACACCUAUCAAGCUACAACUCUGUCAAAUCAAAAAAAGAUAUUUAGGAGAUAUUCGGGCAAAUAUUCAGUCGCUAGACUUUUUCACUGCCACCAAGAGCCAAGAGUUUGAACCUUGUUCAACAGCAGUAUGGAGGGGUAUGCGAUGACACCUGAAGACAUGGAGAGGGGCCCUGUGUACAACACAACGGUGACAGCUGUUGCUGAGGGAAAGGCCUCCAGAGGUUGGCUAUGGAGGCUGUGUGGGGUCCUCUUAAUAGCAGUUCUAUGUGCGGCAGCAGCCCUACUCUUUGCUUGGUGUCAGCAUGGAAGACCGUCAACGAUGCAGGAUGAAAUGGAGCCUCAACUGGAGAUACUCAUUGGUGCAAAAGAUACCCACCAUACAUUGAAGCAGAUUGCCGGCAAUGCAAAAGCAGCCAUCCAUUUAGAGGGUGAAUACAAUCCUAAUCUUUCCGCUGACACCGUGCAGUGGAGAAAGGAUGACGGCCAGGCUUUUUCCCAGGGCGGGUUCGAGCUACAGGGGAACCAAAUCCUCAUCCCACACACUGGGCUCUUCUUCGUUUACAGCCAGGCUUCGUUUAGGGUCAAGUGCAAUAGCCCGGGCGAGCAUACCACUCCUCUGAGUCACAUUAUUUGGCGCUAUUCGGACUCCAUCGGGGUUAAUGCUAAUCUUCUUAGCGGGGUAAGGUCAGUUUGUCAACAAAACUACGGUGAUGCUGAGUCCAAAAUUGGCGAAGGCUGGUACAAUGCAGUUUACCUUGGUGCGGUGUUUCAGCUGAAUGAAGGGGACAAACUGUGGACUGAGACCAAUCGACUGACCGACGUGGAGCCUGAGCAGGGCAAGAACUUCUUUGGUGUGUUUGCACUGUGAUGAGAGAGAGGCAGGCCAGAGAUGAAUAUUUGUUAAAACAGUUUUAUGUUAAAACUCUUAUUUUAGUGUUGCAAUUUUAUGGUAACUGAGCCAUCUCAAAGGAGAUUGGUCUAAUCUUAAUGGUUAUUUUUGUAAACUGCAACAGUUUGAGAAAUGAUUAUUGUUUGUCCACACAUGAUUGUCCAUUCUCUCUAUUGUAGAUUUUGCACCAAAUAAUAUUAUGACUUCGGGUUAUUUAUAUUAACUUAAAAAACAGGAUAUUUACUAUUUAUUUGAAAAUACAAUAGGCUACUGUGGAGUACUGUAGUAUAAGUUAUCUUGAUUCACAUAAGUCUAGCAGUAGCCUAUACUAGGCCUAUCAGAAUACAGUACUACAAUAUUAAGUUAUUUUAUUUAAUGUACUGAUGUACUAAUGUUUAUUUAAAUGUGAUUGUGUUGUAUUUUAUUUGUCACAUAUUCAGAGUGCUUGAAUCAACUAAUAAAUUCCAAAUCUUCUCAA